CUCGCGCAGCGGCCCCUCAGGUACGCGGACAAGAUGGCGGCGGUAGCGGGGGACAGCGCUAUGGAGGUGGUCCCGGCGCUGGCUGAAGAGGCCGCGGCCGAGGCGUCGGGCCCCAGCUGCCUGGUGCAACUGCCAGGCGAGGUGCUGGAGUACAUCCUGUGCAGCGGCUCGCUCACGGCGCUCGACAUCGGCCGCGUGUCCAGCACCUGCCGCCGCCUGCGCGAGGUGUGCCAGAGCAGCGGGCAGGUGUGGAAGGAGCAGUUCCGGGUGAGGUGGCCCUCUCUGAUGAAGCACUACAGUCCCACUGACUACGUCAAUUGGUUAGAGGAAUAUAAAGUUCGGCAGAAAGCUGGGUUAGAAGCCCGGAAGAUUGUAGCCUCCUUCUCCAAACGGUUCUUUUCAGAGCACGUUCCUUGUAACGGCUUCAGUGACAUUGAGAACCUUGAGGGCCCAGAGAUCUUUUUUGAGGAUGAACUGGUGUGCAUCCUAAACAUGGAAGGAAGGAAAGCUCUGACCUGGAAGUACUACGCUAAGAAGAUUCUCUACUACCUGCGGCAGCAGAAAAUCCUCAACAACCUCAAGGCUUUCCUGCAGCAGCCAGAUGACUACGAGUCCUAUCUUGAAGGUGCCGUUUACAUCGACCAGUACUGCAACCCGCUCUCCGACAUCAGCCUCAGAGACAUCCAGGCCCAGAUCCACAGCAUCGUGGAGCUUGUGUGCAAAACCCUCCGUGGCAUCAACAGUCGUCACCCGAGCCUGACCUUCAGGGCAGGCGAGUCCUCUAUGAUAAUGGAGAUAGAACUCCAGAGCCAAGUGCUGGACGCCAUCAACUAUGUCCUGUACGACCAGCUCAAGUUCAAAGGGAACCGCAUGGACUACUACAAUGCCUUGAACCUCUACAUGCACCAGGUAUUGACUCGCAGAACGGGAAUCCCCAUCAGCAUGUCUCUGCUCUACCUGACCAUCGCCCGGCAGCUGGGCGUCCCUCUGGAGCCUGUCAACUUCCCAAGCCACUUCCUGCUGAGGUGGUGCCAAGGCGCAGAAGGGGCAACCCUGGACAUCUUCGACUACAUCUACAUAGAUGCUUUUGGGAAGGGCAAGCAACUGACAGUGAAAGAGUGUGAGUACUUGAUUGGCCAGCACGUGACGGCAGCUCUCUAUGGCGUGGUGAACGUGAAGAAGGUGCUGCAGCGGAUGGUGGGCAACCUGCUGAGCCUGGGCAAGAGGGAAGGCAUUGACCAGUCCUACCAGCUCCUCAGAGACUCCUUGGACCUGUACCUGGCGAUGUACCCGGACCAGGUGCAGCUCCUGCUCCUGCAAGCCAGGCUCUACUUCCACCUGGGCAUCUGGCCAGAGAAGUCUUUCUGUCUUGUCUUGAAGGUGCUUGACAUCCUCCAGCACAUCCAGACCCUCGACCCCGGGCAGCACGGGGCGGUGGGGUAUCUAGUGCAGCACACGCUAGAGCACAUUGAGCGCAAGAAGGAGGAGGUGGGCGUGGAGGUGAAGCUGCGCUCCGAGGAGAAGCACAGGGAUGUCUGCUACUCCAUCGGGCUCGUUAUGAAGCACAAGAGGUACGGCUACAACUGUGUGAUCUACGGCUGGGACCCCACGUGCAUGAUGGGGCACGAGUGGAUCCGAAACAUGAAUGUGCACAGUCUGCCUCACGGCCACCAUCAGCCCUUCUACAAUGUGCUGGUGGAGGACGGCUCCUGCAGAUACGCAGCUCAAGAAAACCUGGAAUACAACGUGGAGCCUCAGGAAAUCUCGCACCCAGAUGUGGGGCGCUACUUCUCGGAGUUCACGGGCACACACUACAUCCCAAAUGCAGAGCUGGAGAUCCGGUACCCCGAGGACCUGGAGUUUGUGUAUGAGACAGUGCAGAACAUUUACAGUGCAAAGGAGGACACAGCCGAGUAGACUCAGGGGCUGUCACAUGUGUGCUGCUGCUGCUGCCGCUGCCGCUGCCGCUGCCGCUGCCGCCUUCUGGGGAACAGACUCCUGAAGGACGCGUGCUGCCCCCCGGAGUCAGCACAGGACAGCCACUUCACCAGCAGCCCUGGCUGCCUCCCCGGUUUAGACGGUGUGUGUUCCUCCAGCCGCAGACAGCGCUGCUCUCCGCUACACUAGUGAAUCAGUUGAAAGGCACCGUGUCCAGUGGCAUGGCUCGUCUGCUUGUCCCGUGGUGACAGUGUGUGACAUUCUGUCUUCAUGAGGUCUCACCAUCCACACUCUGUUCUCUCACCCCCUUCCCAUCCCCGUCUCAUCUACCUUGUGUCAGCGUCUCUUCCGAUAGACGGUUGGGGGCCAUGUUUCCUCAUGUCUGGAACACAGGCCGCUGGGUCAGGGCCACCGCCCUCCACCUUAUGUUAGGUUGUGCUCAGAGGAAGGCCUGGAGAUGGUGUCGUCAGAGUGGUCAGUCCAUGGUUUUUUUUUGCUAAUACAGAAACACAGAUUUCAAGUGUUCCUUUUUUUUUUUUUUUUUUUUUAAUUUAAAUUGAGAGGACAGUGUCUCCUUCCUUUCUCCCCCACUGGGUCUGUGCACAUCUCUGCCUGUUGUGAGCUUCUGUCUCGUACAUUGGUUCUCCGAGCAAAUGUACAGCAAUGGCCUUUCCGAGGGAAGUCCUCCACGUCCGAGUGCUGCUCCUUUUAGAUGACUACUCCCUGUUUAACCCUAGGAAUCUACUCCAGUAUCAUGAGUGGAUCUUAAGGCGGUCAUGGGUCCGCUUCAGCAGUGAGGCCUGCAGAUCGAAUGAAAAUUCCUCUUAAAACUUGUACCUCCUGGUCCCCAAACCAAGAAAACAGGUCUCUUCCUCUGAUCAGGAAAAUGAACUGAAGAAGCCUAACCGGGAAGACAGACUUCCUGUUCCCUGUCACUCCUUUGAGUCACGGCCAGACCCUCCAUUUUGAGAGUGUUGGGCUUAUCGGAAGAGGAGUGCAUGCUUUGGGCUUCAAGCUGCCAGUCUGAAGGCUCCAGGACACUGACUCCUGGAUGAGGUCUAGCCUCAGGUCACCCCUGGCUUCUGCCUGAUGCUGUCCAUGAGUGUGAAAGGACCAAACCUUUACCAGACCCUAGUGGGUCCUCAGACAAGCGGUCCCAUAGGUAAUUACCCAUUGGGCCAAUGGCACUUCUGCCCUGCGUUUAAAAUGCCAUCAUUCUAGUGAGUGGAGCUUUAGGGUCUGCCUGCCGGCCUCGCCUGCCUGCCUUCCGCAUGUGAAUCCUCAUCCGGUCCAAGUGAGCACUCCCUCCAUUGUCCUUCAGCAGCCCCAGGAUGGCCGAGGGAGACCAUCACUUAGGCAGUCUCUAGAAGGACAGGACGCUCGAGGCUUUUGCAGCUGCAGAGGUUCCUGCCCAGUCUGUGCCUCACCAGUCAGAACCAGUCAGAGGCGGGCUCGAACUUGCAUUUGGAAAUUUAACUACUCUGAGCAUCUGCCUGAGGUUGGGGGAUUUACACCUACUCAUUGAAAGAUGAGAGAACCAGCCCAGAGGACUCAGACCCUUGCAUCCCAGUUGUAAGCAGCCGCGGAGCAUGCUGGAAGUUUCCAUUGCUGGGUUUCUGCUUUGGUUUCCUUUUUCCGUAGAGAGCCAUCAAAGCUGAGCAGGAUGGCUUCCCUCCCUGACCUGACUGUAAAUAAUGUACGUAGACUGUUUUUAAAUGUGUUUCUUCACGAAGGCUUCGUUUGGCUGAGGGAGCCUCUAUCACCCGUGUAAGUUGGCAUUUGGGCACUUUCUAUUUUUCUAAAAAUGUGUUUUGGAUCCUGUACUCUAAUAAAUCAUAAGUUUCUUUUUAAAAA